UCUCGUGCUACAAACUCUUGUGCCAUUCUCGCCCUCCUCUUACGCUGACGACAUGAGAUUACCGCUCUGUAUGAUGUAUUCAAUGCUGUUUUGUAUUCUUCUAAGCUCAGCAGAAAGACACUUCAACAUCAGCGUCUUCGUUGAUGUGAUAUUGAGCAUCCGGAGAUUUUAUUCCGCGGCGACCGUUAUGUUUGCCCAUCCCGGAGAUGAUUACAAGGAUUAUGGAGAUUUGGAGAUCACACACUUGGUGCAUGCAUGCUCCCGUAGGCUGAGCCAGCACUACGUGGUGACCGUGAAUAUGUUUUUCAAAAAGAUGGAAAGAUCGCUCAGAUACCAUAAUCAAAUAGUACAGCCCAUCACCAUCGUUAUCAUGCCUAACGUUGAGGCGUAUCAGGAGUUUGCCGAAGUCACUAAAACUUAUCCCAUGUCCUUUCCUGUGUGGUUUGUGCUGUUUCUCUAUCCAAUUGCCAAUGAUACCCAUAAUUAUUGUCUUGAGCCAAUAGGUAAUCCCUUCAACAUAGCGUUCGACACGCAAAUGCUGGUAUUGUGUCAUGACGAAGACAUUCUGCGGGAAUGGUACUCGGUCAAAGGCGAGACUGUUAAGACCUCUGAGAUAGCAGUAUGGGAAGAUGACAAGGGCUUUGUUUCUCUGACGAACGUGUCUCUCUAUGAUCGAAGGAAGGAUUUGGAAGGAGUUGUUUUGCGAGCCGUCGUGGUUAAGGAUGUACCGAUUUCAUUGCCAAAUAUUGAGAACUAUGUGGCCAAUUUGUAUGGAAAAGUGUUACAAGAGCUUCAGUAUUCUCUUAACUUUACUCUGAAGAUUGUUUCGGAAUUGGAUGACCACGGCACAUAUGAUUUUGAAAAUAACAUUUGGUCCGGAGUGAUGGGUGAAAUUGUGUCGGGUCGCGCGGACUUCGCUAUCGCUGAUAUGUCGAUGACCAGUCUUCGAAUAAAAGACGUCGACUUCACGCUGCCCUUGAUAGUAUCUAAAAAUAGCUUGUUUAUCAAAGAACCGGCGAUUUGCGGUGUCAAGUGGCUUGGUUAUUUCCAGGCUUUUAAUUCACAAAUUUGGAUUGCACUUGUUAUGAUAAUAGCAAUUACACCGCUUUUAUUGUCAUAUAUGAAGUCUUACAUGAAAACGGUUCGUGGAAUUCGACAGAUUGUCGAUUUGAUUUCUGAUAAUUUUCUUUGCAUUUGGGGCAUCUUCUGUCAGCAAGCACUUAUAGAGUUUCCGACGUCUUCGCCGCUACGUCUUGCGUAUUUUACAAUAUUUUUAACAGCAGUGCUGAUAAUGGCUCAUUACUCGGCAGCGUUAGUUUGCUUUCUAACGGCGUGCACUCGUGUUUUACCUUUUCGGACAAUCGACGAAUUUGUCAACGAUGGUACUUAUGAAUUGAUACUUCCACGCGGUAGUGCUGAUUACGACGUAAUCGCCGCGUCAGAGGAAACUUUCUCAAUGAGAUUGAUGAAAUUAAUGAAGGACGAAUCGGAACUGCCAGUAACUUUAAUCGAUGGUUUCGUGCAAGUAUGCAAUGAAAAAAAUGUCGCUUAUAUGACGUUAAAUGCUUUGAAGAAAAGUGUAGAGAUGAGAAUUCCGUGCAAACUGUCGGCUGUCGGUACCGAAAAAAUAGACAACUUAGGGAUAGUUCUGUCUAAAGGAAAUCCAUACACUGCUGUAAUAAAUUAUCAUUUACAAAAAUUUUUGGAUAAUGGAAUGAUGAUGCGUCUGAAAGAUACGUCGUUUUUAAUGGAGUCAUUUGAAAGUAAGGCUUAUGAACCGGUUCACGUGGCAGGCGUCGUUCCAAUUUUGGCAAUACUCUGUGGAGGCUUUGUCCUGUGUAUUAUUGUAUUGUUCACAGAAAAAAUUUAUUAUCGAUAUACAAAAAAAAAAUUUGAAUCGAAGGUCUUCUAUUAUUCGAAAAAACAAUUGUUUAUUAAAAAACGAUAAUCGAAAUAUUUUAAAUUGGCAAAUUCGUUUAAUAUAAAUUUUUGCACUUGGAAUUAGUGUAAAAACAUCCUAUAUUUUUGUGUGUGCCUAUUUGUGAAUUUGCAACAAAGAUUAAAUAAUAUUGACGCUUGCA